AUGGGGUGCGUGUCGUCGACGUUCACCGAGGACGACGAGCGGCGGAUCAUCGGGGUAUCCGCCUCCGCAUCCCACAUCGUCUCCCUCACCUCCUCCACCUACGGCAUCCUCACCUACAACCUCGCCGCCCAGGACGCCUCCCCAUCCACCAAGUCCGCACCCCCUCCACCGCCGCCGCCUCCGCCCGCCCCUCCGCUCUCGCUCCCCUCCUGCAGGGCCAAGCCCAAGCCGCCCUCCGACGAGCAGCCGGAGGCGGAGGUCAUCAACUCGUGGGAGCUCAUGGCCGGCCUGCACGACCCCUCCACCCCGGCCAAAUCGAGGUCCCCGCGCGGCCCCGCCCGCAGGGACGCCGGCGACCGCCCGCCCCGCCCCAUCCGCUUCCCUCUCCGCGCCAUCGACGGCAACGCCGCGGCGCGCGUGCCCCCUCCGCCGCAGCGCUGCCCGCCCGGCGGCGCACGCUGCGCCGUGCUCUACACCACCACGCUCCGCGCCGUGCGCGCCACCUUCGAGGCCUGCAACGCGGCGCGCGCGGCCCUGCAGUCCCACGGAGUCGCCUUCCGCGAGCGCGACGUCUCCAUGGACCGCGGCUUCCGGGACGAGCUCCGCGCGCUGCUCCUCCCGGGCGCCCCGGCGGCGCUGCCGCGGCUGUUCGUGCGGGGGCGCCACGUGGGCGGCGCGGAGGAGGUGCUGCGGCUGGACGAGGAGGGCGCGCUGGCGCCGCUGCUGGAGGGCCUCCCCCGCGCGCUCUCCCACGGCUGUUGCGACGGCUGCGGCGGCAUGAGGUUCCUCCCCUGCUUCGACUGCUCCGGCAGCCGCAAGGUGCUGUCCGGCUCCGGCGCCGCGGUGAAAGGGCGCCCGGAGAGGGGCGUGGUGCUCCGCUGCCGAGAGUGCAACGAGAACGGCCUCGUGCUCUGCCCCAUCUGCUCCUGA